CCCGGACCUUUCCGGGCGUCAAUUUAGUGGCGGGAAAAUCGGGUCCUGAGGCUGCAUCUUUCCGCCCCAGACAAUUCCUCUUUGCACCGGAGGAAUUGGAGAAUGGAGAAGCAACCCAGAGAGCAAGCGGUCACCGAGCCCGCGGACUCCGGAGCGGGAGGCGAGGAAGGCGGGUCACCACAGGUCGCCGGCGCCCGGACGGCGCGUCCCGAGGACCGCUUGACCCUGCUGCUCAGGCUGAGAGCACAGACAAAACAACAACUCUUGGAAUAUAAAUCAGUAGUUGAUGCAAAUGAAGAAAAAACUCCAGAACAAAUCAUGCAAGAUAAGCAAAUUGAAGCUAAAAUUGAAGACCUGGAAAAUGAAAUUGAAGAUGUGAAAAUUGCUUUUGAAAUAAAAAAGCUUGCAUUAGACAGGAUGCAACUUUCGACUGCACUUAAAAAAAACCUGGAGAAGAUUAACCCCAAGACUAGUGUGCUCAUGGAUAACAUGAAACACGUAUUAAAGCUAAACAAAUUAAUAAUGAAAUCACAACAGGAAUCUUGGGAUUUGGAGGAAAAACUACUUGAUGUUAGAAAGAAGAGAUUACAAUUAAAACAAGCUUCAGAAGGUAAGCUUUUAGAAAUACAGACUGAAAAGAACAAACAGAAAGAUGAUUUGGCCAGUAUGGAAAAUUCAGACAAGAUAAAGACCAUACAACAAAACCUGCAGAUGGAGAUACAAAUUACAACAGUUAUUCAACAUGUGUUUCAGAACCUCAUUUUAGGAAGUAAAGCCAAUUGGGCAGAGGAUUCUGCCUUUAAGGAAACUGUUCUACAGCUUGAGAAGAAUCUCACCAUGAUGUAAUAAGAAUUCUGUUUUGUUAUUUUUUG